UAACCAGGAAGCGGAUGGAAGGGAAGGCGGAAGUAAACCUGCAGUGUUGAUAAUCUGGACUGCACGGUCUGUUAACGAAAGAUGUCAUCUGAACGGUUUGAGCGGCUUCAUGAGCUCUAUAAGGAGUUUUAUGGCAGCUUACAAAGAAUAACGCAGAUGUUGCAAAACAGUCGUGGAGAGGAGAAGAAAAAGCUCCUGCGAGAAUUUGAUGAAAAGCAACAGGAAGCAAAUGAGAUGUUAGUGGAAAUGGAAGAAGAAUUAAAAUAUGCCCCACCAUCUUUUCGGCACCAAAUGAUGAGCAAGUUGAGAACAUAUAAGAAAGACCUUGUGAAACUGCAGAUGGAAUCAAAAGCUACUAAUCUUGAAUUUGGUCCUUCAAUAGCCUCUGGGGAUUUCAAACAAGGAUCUUACAACUUGGAUAAUCAUGAGAAUUCAACAUUAAACACCCAAAGAGCUCUACUCAUCCAAGGAACCCAGAGCUUAAUCAGAUCCUCAGACAGUAUUGCUAGAUCCCACCAGAUAGCAGCAGAAACCGAUGCCAUUGGCUCAGAUAUAAUCGAGGAACUUGGUGAACAGAGAGAACAGCUGGAGCGGACCAAGGACCGUUUGGUAAACACAAAUGAAAAUUUGAGCAGAAGUCGGAGAAUCCUCAGAGCAAUGUCUCGCAAAAUUGUGACAAACAAGCUCCUUAUGUCAAUCAUCAUCUUUCUAGAACUUGCCAUUCUUGGUGGAUUAGUAUACUAUAAAUUCUUUCAAAAAAGAUGACACAUUCUACAUUCUAGUGGAGAACUAUAGCUUCUUCUGCAAAAGCUGACUUUUGGAUUUUGAAGGCUCUUUAAUUCAGUGACUGUAUAAAACAAGAUACAACCACAUACAAGUAAAAAGAUCUUGUUUCAAUGCGGAUUCAUUAAAGAAGAAUGGACUUUAAAUCACUCUAUUAUCACUAAAACAAUUGGUUAUCACAAUCAUUUGUACACCAAUAAUGUAUAAAAUCUGAAAACUUUCCGUUCUGUUUGCUAUUUGUGUGCUUUCACUUGUAAACUGAUAAGGGUCUUUGUUAGGAAAAUCACAUCAUUUUUUAUACUCAAGUUACCCCUCUUUAUUAUUGCUAUUUUAUGCAAUAUAUGUGUGAACGUGUAUCUGUCAUUCAUAGAAAACCAGACAAGAUUAUCUUUAUGAAGGGUACACAUGUUUUUGCAUUACAUUGGUUUAAUGCUCUGUGUGUUUGGAAUAACUUCUAUAAAUAUAGAUUAUAAACAAAUUCUAAUGAUUCUAUGUAUACCAUGUAAUUUAUUAUUUUUUAGUGAUAUAAUUUACACACGUAAAAGAACUGCUGUUAUGUUGCAUGAUACUUUAACCCCUUGGCAAUUGACGUCCCAGGCUUCUCCCAAACUGUGUUGCUGUAAUGCCUGGAUAGCGAGGGAUUCAGCAACACCGAAAUCUGAAGCAGGUGCCAAGUCUGAUCGCUACACGGAGCAUCAACAUGCGCUACGUUAAAUAGGUGAUCGAUUGGCUCCUAAGCUUUAACGGUGUUGCAACACCGAAAACCCACCCCAGGCCGCAUUGUGACCACUCCGGAGAGUGGGGAAAGACUGUUUUAAACAUGUUACUGCACAAUGGAGGGGGGAGUCUUGACAUUAAACCGAUUAAGUGAAACAAUGGCUUGUCACUCCCUGGUUGCAUAUCUUGGCUGUCUGCCAGACAUAAUCCCCUCAGCAAGUAAUGAGACAAUAUACUUCUGGGGGUAGCUGAAAACAUGGGGAGACACAGGGAAAAAAGCUAUGAUAUACAAUAAAUAAUUGCAAAAC